AUGUCUACGACUGUAAUACUUGAGGAUAUAGAAUUGAACAAUAAUUUUCAUUCGAGGUCAAAUAAUGGUAAACACGAUGAUGUGACCACACAAAUUCAAAAUCCACAAAUUGAUUUGCAACUGUUUGAAGAAUCGGAUGCUAUUGCGGAACUAAAUAAUAACGUCAACAACAACGAUGACAUUUCAUUUGAAGAUACCCUUGAUGAUCCAAAAAGUUAUCCUGAUGGAGGCUUUAAAGCUUAUUUAACAUUAUUUGGAUGUUUUUUAGGAUUAAUAGUGAAUUUAGGAUUAAUAAAUUCAAUCGGAGCAGUUCAAUCAUAUGUUUCUAAUAAUAUUUUACAAAAUUAUACUCAAUCAACAAUAUCAUGGAUUUUUUCAAUUUAUUUAUCAUUAGCUUAUGCUGGAGGAAUUUUUAGUGGUCCGAUAUUUGAUAGGUAUGGAACUUUAUAUCUUUUAAUUAGUAGUGGAGGAUUUAUAUUUAUUGGAUUAAUGGGAGCUGCUCAAAGUAAUAAAAUUUAUCAGUUUAUAUUAAGUUUUAUAGCUUUGGGUUUGGGAAAUGGAAUUGGAAUGGCACCUUUAGUUAGUGUUAUUAGUCAUUUUUUUUUCAAUAAAAGAGGUGUUUGCACUGGAAUAGCUACUUCAGGAGGUAGUGUUGGUGGAUUAAUGUUUCCUUUAAUGUUAAGAAAAUUAUAUGUUAGUGUUGGAUAUGUAUGGGCUUUAAGAAUUUUAGGAUUUACUUGUCUUGGAUGUAUGAUAAGUUCUGUAUUAUUAGUAAAAGAAAGAUUCAGAAGAAUUAAUAAAAAAUCUACAAUUGAAGUUGAAAUUAAUACUUUAGAUAAACUUAAAUCAGAAGUUUUGGAAUUUAUAAAGAUCAAAGAUAUCAAAUUUGUUUUUGUUAUAUUAGGUGGAUUUUUUGCUGAAUUUAGUUUGGUUCUAAUUGUUACAUAUUUUGCAAAUUAUGCAAUAGCUCAAGGAUUGAGUGAAAGUGAGAGUUUAUUAUUAUUAACUAUUUGGAAUGCUGUAGGAAUUGCUGGUAGAUGGUUACCUGGUUUAGCAAGUGAUUAUUUUGGUAGAUUUAAUGUGAAUGUGGUAAUGUUGAUAAUGUAUACUUUAAGUAUAUUAGUAUUGUUAUUACCAUUUGGUCAUAAUCAUAAAAUUCUUUAUGCAUUUGCUGUUCUUGGUGGUAUUUCACUGGGUUGUAUAUUAACUUUAUUACCAGCUUGUUUAUCACAAAUAACAAGAACUGAUCAAUUAGGGAAAAGAUAUGGUUUAUUAAAUUUUUAUUUAUCUUUAGCUAAUUUAUUUGGUAUUCCCAUAGCGGCUGCUAUAUUGGAUACAAAUUAUAAUAAUUUAAUUAUCUUUAUAGGUUGUUUAUCUAUAGCAGGGUUAGUAUUUUGGACAGCUGCAAGAGUUUCAAUAGUAGGUGUAAAAUUAAAUGUAAAAGUUUAA